AUGUUUUCUGACAGAAAGGGGUCUGCGGAGCACAAGGGCUUCAAGACACACGGCUCACACUUUUUACCCUGGCUCCGUAGUAGUUUAAAAAGCCACCAGAACCAUGACAGCAACCUCAAUGGAACAAUUAAAUCUGGAUCUGAACAUCGCAACCACCUCAGAGGCAAGGGAUUUUUCUCUAUUCAGAGCAAGGACAAGGAGAAGAAGGGAUGCAACGGAGUAGCCAGGGUGCUGCCUGUGGUCCUUAAAGGGCAUCACAUUCUCUCUGCAGGGAAGCAGCGAGAGGACAGUCCUGCCCGGUGGACCCAGUCUCCCGAGCUAGAUCCAGAAGUGAGCAUUAGGUCUGAAUUGGAAAAGAGUUUUGUGCCAGAUAAACACGAUGAAACCAAUUGCACCCCCAAAACCGUUGCUCCAUCUCAGAGUGACCAGAGAUGCACCACACUGAGGAGGUAUGGACCAUUGGUAGUAGCCUCACCAGCCGUGCCCGAGGAUACUGAAAGCAUUCCGCCUGUUGUUGGUGUUUUUGUGGACAACAAGGAGAAGGUCUGGGACUAUUCCACCCGUAGCUUCCGUCAAAGAGACCUCCACUCGGCCAGCUGGGUCGGUCCAGAAACUCAAAGCAUCUUAAAGCGCCACCAAUUCACCUCCAGCUUCAGCUUCAUUCACCAGCAGACCAGGAACUCCCAAAGCCACAGGGAUCUGACUUCUCUGAGGGACACACAGCUUGACCGGGCCCUUAACGGAGUGCUCUUUUCCACCCAGGUCGCCGAGAGGGGACCAGGCUGCACCAAAACACUGAGAGGACCAAGGAAACCACGACCGAGCUCAGAGCACAUCACGAACUUGGAGCAGACAUGGUUGCAACCUAAUCGUAACUCUAUCAACACAGGGGACAGUAAGAGGAAGGUGGUCCGGAAUCAGAUCAAACGGGUUAUGGACAAUCUGGAACAUGUUCUGGGAGCGCUGCGAGACGUCCAACAAGAAAUGAAAGAGGUUGUACAACAGAUCGACUAUUUAACGUCUUCAAUUGAUCUGAAUGAUGAGGAGCAGCCAGAGAGCCAAACUCACAGCAGCAGCAACAGCUCCAGUUCAAGUGCCAUGACAGUGGGAAGUGUCAUUCACAGGCCACAAGGGGUCACACAAAAUGGAAGCCCCUGGAGAGACAAACAAACUACAAGCCAGUCUCCAUCCAAUGAGCACACGAGAACACUUCAGUCUGGAUCCCGAAAGGGUGGACUUCAUUAUCCACCAGUGCAGACGGAUAACUUGGCCCAAACUAUAGUCUCCCCAAUAUCUCCUCUGAGGAAUCUCCCUGUCCGCCCUCCCACUCCAGGACUGUCCCCUCUGACUGUCAGCUUGCAGCAUCCAAACAGCCCAGUGUCUCAGCAGGAGUCCCCUUCCCCUAUUCCAUCGUCUUCCAUGUCGCAGCAAUCCCCCUCGUAUCGGAAACCUCCACCGCCUUUCAGCCCAAGCACCAGGCCUGGAUGUUACCCCAAUCCACAGAUUCGUCGUAUAUCGGGCACAUCUUCUCUUGUGUCAAACGUUUGGCCCCCCACUGUCCCAGAAUCCGACAGGGAGCGGCGGGCACUUCGGUAUGGAGUACGUGGAGGCUUGGCGAGGCGAGCAGAAGUUUCCAAGGUGACAGAGGUGGCUGUUAGGGUCAGCAUAUGGAAGUAG